AGUAAACGCAAUUUUCCUGCAUUGUUUUGUUUCGAAUAUAUUUUCCAUGCCAAAUGGCUGCGUUUAUGGAGGAAGCCUUUGUGGAAGCACGUCGGGCACGUGACGCAGGCGAAGUUCCAGUCGGAUGUGUGUUCGUCCUGGGUGACAAAGUGAUAGCGCGGGGCGGAAACCAGGUAAAUGUCACUCGGAAUGCCACAAGGCACGCUGAGUUCAUUUGCAUCGACACCACUCUCGCCUAUUGCCGGGAGAAGCGGUUGCCUGCACGCCAACUCUUCAGCGAAAUCAGCGUCGUGGUCACGGUCGAGCCGUGCAUUAUGUGCUCAGCGGCGCUGCACACCCUCGGUGUUAAGGAGAUAAUCUAUGGAUGCGAGAAUGAUCGCUUCGGCGGUAAGACGUUGGUGGAUGUAGCUGCUGUUGUGGGCACUAGGAUUGACAUCAUUGGGGGUGUGCGUGCUGAGGAAGCGAUGGACUUGCUGAAGGAAUUCUACAAAGGCGAAAAUCCGGCGGCGCCUCCCGUGGCCAAAAAGAAGAAAUGACUGGUAUACAGUUUGAGUGACUCUGCGGUUUGUGUCUCUGCUGCAACCCACUAAGCACAAUGAAUGUCAAACUGCAGUGAAUGUAAUUUUUGUAAUGUUUCAAUUUAUUAUUAAAUUUAAGCAUAGUCUAAGAUAUAUAUGGCGUUCAGAACGUGUUUAAUAUAUAAAUACAGUUAUUACAAAGAAGCUACAACCUAAGUGUGUAGUAAAGGCUGUGCCUGUGCAACUGUACACAGCUGUGUUAAGGAGAAGCAAUUAAAGCAGACUUUUUGUUAAA